AUGGUUGUUGGCCUGUAUGAAAUGAAGAAAGGGUUUGACUACUACGUUAGGAAGUUCGGUACUGAUAUUUGGUACGUCACAUGUAAGGAUACAGAUUUUGGGUGGAGAUUAAGAGCGAAGAAUAACAUACUUUCUAACAUGUUUGAGGUGAGUACAUUUCAUAAUGUACAUACAUGUUCCCUUGAUCUUCGAGGAAAAGAUAACCGUCAAGCAUCACCUUUGAUAGUUGCCCAUCUAAUUAAGGAUAAGUUCGCAACUGACGGCUCGGAUCACUUGGCCUCUGAUAUAAGAAAAAGUAUGCACAAGGAUUACGGGAUCCAAAUGAGUUAUGAAAAGGCAUGGAGGUGCAGAGAGAAGGCACUACACCUAGCUCGGGGUACACCUGAAGAUUCGUACUCAAAAUUACCUAGUUACUUGCACAUGCUACAGUUGAGAAAUCCAGGUACCAGUACGGAUUUUGUGGUAGAAGAUGGUCGCUUCAAUGGCUCUGGAUGCAGGGAGUCAUUUCCGAUAGCUUUUGCUAUAGUUGACAGUGAAAACCACAAUUCCUGGACCUAUUUUAUGAGAAAAUUGAAAGAAACGAUUGGUGAUGUUGAGAACUUAGCCUUUGUUUUGGAUAGGCAUCAAAGCAUUGUUCCUGCUUUGGAUAUCGUGUUCCCUGAUGCACACCACGGUGCAUGCUACCACCACAUUAUUAUGAACGUCAACCACAAGUUCAAGAAUGACGUCUUCACGAAUCCCAUUUACACGUGUGCCUACACGUAUUCAAGAUCAGAGUUUCACAGAGAAUUUGAGAACAUUCGGGCAAUGAAUGCUGUGGUUGCACAAUAUCUUGAGGAAAUUGGAUUUGAAUAA